CCUCCAGACAGCCCCAGACCCAAAAGCAGCACAGAGCAUCAUCAUCACAGUAUCAAACAGACAACGAUGGAUUCCUACUUCAGAGGCCCCUUGUGGUUGAUUCUCAUCCUCUUCACACUGCCACACGUCACCUACAACAUGUCCUGCCCCAGCAGCUGUAUGUGCUUCUCGACAGGUGCCGUCAAGUGUGUCGGUUAUACCAUCACAGAUAUACCAGAUCAGCUUCCCGCCCACACUUACCUGCUGCUGCUCAACGACACAAACAUGAACGUCAUAAAUGAGCAGAGCCUGGCAAACAAGCGCUUCCUGUUGCGUUUCAGUCUGACUUACAGCCAUCUACACACUAUCCAUCCGCAGGCCUUCCACGUCGCUCCGCAGCUCAAAUCCGUCAAGCUGUCUUCGAACAAUCUCUCCACCCUUCCUGCUCAGGUGUUCAGUCCACUGACCACUCUGCAGCAGCUGCAUCUAGAUGGAAACCAGCUGGAGAUCAUUGCUGCGGAUAUGUUUGAUGGACUUGUCGGGUUGCAGGAUCUGGACCUGAGCCGUAACAAAUUGGCAGAUCUUGCUUCAGAUGUUUUCGAUGGACUGACCAACCUCACCUUUCUCAAUCUUGGCAGGAACUUCAUAAAGAAGCUUCCACCUACCAUCUUUCGCUCCUUGACCAAACUUCGCCAACUUGUGAUCUAUCACAAUGAACUAGAGGUGCUAGAAGCUGCGCUGUUUGAUGAACUUGUCAACCUUGAAGAGCUAAAAAUACACCACAACCAGAUCGCUAGCCUUCCACCUCAGGUGUUCUGGUCACUGAGGAACUUGGAGAUCCUCACCUUGUCUUCCAACCAACUUCAGGCUAUCCCAGAGAAAACCUUUUAUAACAUGCCCAAGCUGAGCAAGCUGACCAUUUACAACAACCCACUGCUAUCUCUUCCAGACCAGCUGAUGGGUCACAUGCCUGAGAUUAAAGAAUUUUAUCUGUAUAGUACUAACCUCACUACUGUUCCUGGAAAUUUAUUUGCUAACAUGUCUGGGCUGCAGACGCUUAACUUACAUUUAAAUGACAAACUGAGGGAUUUGCCUUCAGACCUAUUCUGCUGUCUUCCCCACCUUCUGAAGCUCUCACUGAAAUCCAACAACCUCCAUUAUCUACAUCCUCAGCUGUUCUCCAAACUAACCACCCUGGGCAUACUGCUUCUAAAUAACAAUAAGCUGGAGAAUCUACCAGAAAACAUUUUUUCCUCAAAUACGGCUUUGAAGUCUCUUACUCUGAGUGGCAACCCCUGGGACUGUACUUGUCGUAUCAGAGGUAUUGCAAGGUGGGUAAGACAUAAUGAACAUGUGGUCGUUGACAAAGAGGAUGUGAUAUGUCACAGUCCAGUGUAUCAGCUGCUCCGUACGCUUGGCUCUCUGCGUGAUGAGGAGUUCAACUUUUGCACUGCUACAAGAGUCCCAAGUAAUUCACCUACUCACAGUGACGUGCAUGAGCCAACACAACCAUUCCACUCCAUUUCAACUCGUGGACAAAGAUCAGCUUCAACAACCACACCACCCAUGACAACAUCAUCCACCACUCAAGGGGCUACCCAACGAGUCACCAUCCCAGCAACCACCAAACCUGCAAAUCCAACCACCUUGGGUGCCAAAAAACUGCUAACAUCACUCCACACUGUAACCACUGCGCUACCUAUUGAGGAGCCUCUUCCCAGUACUAAGACUCACUCAACUUAUUAUAUGUCACCUCCUUUCUAUGACCUACUGGUGGUUGAACAGGGGCCUGAGUUUGUUCACCACAACUUUCACAGGGGCUGGGUGUAUGUGUGGUUUCUGCCGUCAGAUAAAACCUUGGCUGGAUUCCUCAUGUUUUCUCACAUCCUUCUUGUGGCCACAGGCUUGUCCCUCAUUCUUUUUGCCAUGUAUGGAAUGUAUCGCCUCAACAAAACCAUAGACAAGCUGAAGACUGAGUGUGCACAUUAUGAAGGGUAACAAAACAUGUUAUCAGGCCUGGUGCAUGAGAGACCAAGAUAAAAUGUCCUUUUCCACAAGCUGUAGUUCAGUAACAAUUGCUGUUGUUGAUUUAGUUGUAUCAUCAAGUGUUACUUUAGAACAGCUAGACUUGAAAAAUGUUAUUAUAAAUAAUAAUAAUGAUGAUGAUGAAAAAGGUUACAGGUGAAGGUGUUUUAAGAUAGCAAAACAAUCAUGGUAAGAUAAGUAUUUAAUAUUACAGAAUACACUAUAGAUUAAAAUUUGUAAGCUUUAAAAACAGGACUGUGCCAAUGUAAAUCAAUAUUUUUUCUUACAAAUUAUUUGUUCAUUUUAAUGAAUUUUACAUUAUUUAUGCAAGGAGAAAUAUUUCCUGGCCACAGCUUUUCAACCGCUUUUCUGUGUCUGUCUUUUCCAGAACCAUCAAAAUAAAAAUAAUCCUUAGUCGCAGACAUUUAAGCUUCAA